AUGUCAUCAAUUUUAAGACUCGCGCGACUGAACAAGUCAGCCAAGCUAGCACGAGGCUUCGCCUCGCAUGCGACAGCACCACUCAGUCGCCUGAAACACCAGACGGUCGAUCUGCAGCAAUUUCCUUCUAAGGUCGCAAUCCUAAGAGAAGAGGUCCUCUAUAGCCAUCUCGAUGAAAGUUUCGACAAACCCACUGUACGCGGGCAGUCGCAGCUCCGAUUGCGGCCCCUGCGUAUCGCUUGUCAGGAUGCGACCGCUCAAAUGGCUCUGAUCCAGUUCAUGUCGGCUGAUAUGGACGCGGCGUCCGUUCCCACAACCGUGCACUGCGACCAUCUGAUCGUCAGCCGCGACGGAGAGGAUCAAGAUCUGCCCCGUGCGCUUGAGGCGCAUCGCGAGGUCUACAAGUCUAUGGAGAGCGCUUGUCAGAAGUAUAACAUGGGGUUCUGGAAGCCGGGAGCUGGUAUUAUCCAUCAGAUUGUUCUAGAGAAUUACGCUUUCCCCAGCGGGAUGAUGAUCGGGACGGACUCGCACACCCCGAAUGCUGGUGGACUGGGCAUGAUCGCUAUCGGCGUGGGAGGCGCCGACGCAGUCGAUGUCAUGGCAGGCUUGCCAUUGGAGCUGAAAGCGCCCAAGAUGUUGGGUGUGCGGCUGACUGGUCAGUUGUCACAGUGGGCUUCCCCUAAGGAUAUCAUCAGUACUGUCGCAGGAUUGAUCUCAGUAAAGGGCGGCACAGGCUCAAUCAUUGAGUACUUCGGGCCUGGUGUCCAGACGCUGUCCGCAACUGGAAUGGCGACGGUGUGCAACAUGGGCGCAGAGACUGGCGCGACGACGUCAAUCUUGCCUUACUCGCCCCAGAUGGCGGACUAUCUCCGGUCCACCCUUCGCAGUGACAUGGCUCGCGCUGUGGGGAGUAUUGCGCCAGAACUACGUGCGGAUGAGGGUGCAGACUAUGAUCGAGUGAUUGAGAUUGACCUGUCAACCUUGGAGCCUCGCAUCAAUGGGCCAUUCACUCCGGAUCUUUCUACUCCACUAUCCAAGUUCGCUCAGACGGCUGAAGAGAACCAGUGGCCUAAACUGACCGCCGGUCUUAUUAGUUCGUGUACCAAUUCCUCAUUCGAAGACAUGAGACGUGCGGCGCAUCUGGCCCAACAGGCACUCGAUGCCGGCCUACAGCCGAAGAUGCCUCUUCUCAUCUCGUCCGGCAGUCUGCAGACCCGCGACACAAUCGAGGAUGCCAGUAUUUUGCCUGUGUUUAAAAAGCUGGGGGCAGUCAUGCUACCCAAUGCUUGUGGACCGUGCUGUGGUUCCUGGGACCGCACCGACAUGCCCAAGGGCACCCCGAACUCAAUCAUCACCUCUUACAACCGCAACUUCUCCGGUCGGCUUGACUCCAACCCAGCCACGCACAUCUUCCUCACCUCACCCGAUCUCGUGAUGGCCAGGGUGUUCUCCGGAGAUCUCUCGUUCGACCCCACAGACGGAUACAAAGAAUCCUGCUCCGCCUACCUGGCUCCCCCAAGCAAGCGAGACAACCUGGAGGUCAAGAUCUCGCCGUCCUCCCAGCGCCUGCAACGGAUCGCCCCGUUCGAACCCUGGCACGGCAAAGAUUUCGAUGACUCUGUCGUUCUCAUCAAGACAAAGGGCAAAUGCACAACGGAUCACAUCACUCCCGCAGGCCCCUGGUUCCGCUACCGCGGCCACUUCGAGAACAUCUCCAACAACACCCUAAUCGGCGCCGUCAACGCCGAGACGGGACAGGUCAAUUCCAUCCGCAACCAGCUCACCGGCGAGGAAGGCCAGGAAGUCCCCGCCACAGCCCGGUACUACAAGAGCCACGACCAGCCAUGGGUGGUCAUCGCCGACCACAACUACGGCGAGGGUUCCUCGCGCGAGCACGCCGCGCUGCAGCCGCGCUAUCUAGGCGGGGUGGCCAUCAUCGCCAAGUCGUUUGCCCGGAUCCACGAGGCGAAUCUGAAGAAGCAGGGUAUGUUGGCGCUGUGA